AUGGUAGUGGGUUAUUUCAUUAGUAAAGUUCCAUUUUCAAAUCAUAUUCCAGUGGUGAGAAGAUUUCAUCCAAAAAAUAAUCAACAACCGCAGCAACAGGAAAUGGAUUUUGUCACACCAACAAGUUCUAAAAAGACAACCAAUGUAGUAUUAGACGAUGGUAAGAUAUUUGAUAGUCCAAACAGAAAGAAGAAUCAUUUACCAUCUGUUGAUAAUUCUUCAACGGUUAAAGUAUCUCAAAGAUUAGCAAGAAGAAGGAAAAAUCAGAACAUUGGUCCAGUUUCAAUUAAAUCCAAAUCAAAUAAAAGAUUAAUCAAUGAAAAUGAGUCUAGUGAUCAACAGAAGAACAUGAUUGAUAAAAAUAACGAUGGUGUUUUAUGUUCUAGCAACAAAUCAACAAAUGAAAAAUUAAUUAAAUUGGUUUAUGAUAAUAAGAAAAUAAUUGCAAGUUCAGUUUAUCAAAUUGGUAAAGCUCAAUUAUCUUCAAGAUUGCCUUAUAUUCCAUAUUUCAAUACAAAAAGUGAUAGUCAAUUGGAUUCUUUCGAUCAGACUAAUUCGGGAAUACUUAAUAGUCCAUUUACUGAUUAUUGUCAACAGGUUACUGAAUAUGAAGUCAAUGAGCCAUUUAUUGAAGAACCACUGGAUGACGAGGAAUUGGUAUAUGAUAAUUUAGCAUCUGAUUUAAAUAGUGAGGAUGAUGUUGAAAUAUUUGUUGAUUCAUUAAAUGUGGAAACAAAAAUGAUGUUAUAUAAACUGUUGCAAAAUGAUUUAAAGGAUCAUUCAUGCAAUAAUGAAGAAACAUCGUUUAGGGAAGUGUACUACAAUAAAAAUGUUUCAUCAUUAGAUAAAUUACAAAUGUUUUUAAUCAUUUGGAUUAAAUUAUGGAUUACAAGUAUCAAAUUAUUUAUCCCAAUCACUAAAUAUUUGAUAUAUAAGUUUCAAAAUAAUCAAUUAUUCUUGUUUAACUUGAAAAAUAUUGAAUUAAUAAUUGAUCUAAUAUUGAGAUUUAUGAAUUAUUUGAAUUCAUUUAUAUCUAAUCAUGAGGUAACCAUUGAUAAAAUGUCAAAUCAUGAUUAUGUUGAAGCUGAACAAAUUUAUCUUGAUUUUACAACGUAUACAUCAGGAAUAUUUAAUCAAACUAAUACAUUCAAAGACUUGAUAUUCUCUCCUGAUAUUGGCCAGAAUAAGCUUUACGAUUUGGUUCUAAAUACUAAAUAG